AUGAAGACGACGCGAUCGACGCCCCAGUUUAGCCUCUCGCUGCCCAACCUGACAUUUCGGUCGAUGCCCAAGCCCGCUGGCUACCGCAUUACGCUGACCAAGACCGAGACUAAAGGUGCCUUUGAGCUCUCGCUCGAAUCGCUGCGCUCCAUGAAGCAGUGGACGUGCGCGAUUGCAAACACCCAGUCCGUCUGUGGCGACGAGACGCAGCUUCCAUCCGCGAUGCUCUUUGACCUUUUGCGCACGGCGCUCGAAGGUCGCAACGAGCAGCUCAAGCUACUCGCGACGCUGGGCGAUCGCUUGUCGGAGCUCUUUGGAGACGUCGUCAUGCGCGGCACAGCGAUGGACGUGGACCUUGUGCCCAGCGACAGCGGCGCCGUCGUGCUCACGCUCACGAUUCCUCUUUUGCCCGUUUGGUCGACAACCGCGCGCUUUCGGUGCGAAGAAAAGCCUUUUGACAGCCUCAACGCAGUGCGCCGCAAAGUCGAGCACCUCGAGGAGGAUGUCGAGAUACUCGCGACCAAGGUGGACAUGCAUAUCAGCAUCAUUGUCCUUGCCAUCCUACUUGUGGUUGGCGCCGCCGUGAGUCUCAGUGUGACCAAGCUCUACUACUGGUAG